UUUCAUCUGUGAAGGAUAAUGGGGUCAGGGAGGUAGAGACGAAAUAACGCUUGUUGCAACACCUGCAGGAGUGUGGACAAAAUAAGCCUCCUUUGUCUUGAACGGAUAGGUUCUGGACAAAACUAUUCUUCAGUCGUACGAAAAGAUCAUAUGAAGCUUGUAAGGCAACAUUACUUUUGUUGAUGUUAAAUUCAAAGGAAAGCUUUGGAUGUUUGCCGACUGACAGAGCGGUUGUACCUCCAGGUGUCUUGCAGCCAAGUAGAGACGACAAAAGGUCAGAUCAGAGGAAAGCAUGGAGAAAGAACAAACUCAAUCUUCAGUAACCCUAAACUCGAUCCUAAUGCAUGAAAAGACAACUGUUUUUAACACUGGCUUCUAUUCAUGACCAGAGCAUUUUUAUCUCGGCUCCUGACCGCUCUCUUACGGCUUCACCCUCGGUAUACUACGCUGGUGUUUCCACUCGUCACAGCUGCAAGACUGUCUCUUGCCACAUCUGGGCUACAAGUGAGAUGCUUCACAUCACAGGGCUGAAUACCAAACUGUCUUCCUCUAUCGAGAGAUAGCCAGCCGGCAGGAUGGAGCCCCUGCAGGAAUGACACGAUAUCUUCCCCCCUUGGGUGUCGCACAACAGUCGAAAAAAAUGCACUGGACCGGCGGAUCCGUCUUCGUAGCCCUGGCGUGUCUUAUCGCCUGCCGCUCUGCCGGGGCGUCAUCGGCGGACACGGAUGGGAACCGUACAGAGAACGGCAACGUGACAGACGGCGGCGGCUUCGUUCCAGUUGUGUUCACUAAAGUGAGCCAGAUAAUUGCCAGGGAGGGGAGCUGCGCGCUGAUUGAUUGCAACGUCACCGGAGACCCGUUGCCCAGCGUCGAGUGGUUCAACUCCCACGGAGAGCGCCUGGACACGCAGAUUAGUGGAGGGAAGUGGUGGCUGCUGGACAACGGCGUUCUCAAUAUCACCAGCAUUGAGUUCUCAGACCGAGGCAAGUACACGUGCAUGGCGACCAACGUCCAUGGCACCGCCAACGGCACGGUGACCCUGCGCGUGGUCUUCACCAACGGCGACAUGGGCGUGUACUACAUGGUGGUGUGUCUGGUCACCUUCACCAUCAUCAUGAUCCUGAACAUCACGCGCCUCUGCAUGAUGAGCAGCCACCUGAAGAAGACGGAGAAGGUCAUCAACGAGUUCUUCCGCACCGAGGGCGCCGAGAAACUGCAGAAGGCCUUUGAGAUCGCAAAGCGGAUCCCCAUCAUCACCUCGGCCAAGACGCUGGAGCUGGCCAAGGUCACCCAGUUCAAGACCAUGGAGUUCGCCCGCUACAUCGAGGAGCUGGCCCGCAGCAUCCCGCUGCCGCCGCUCAUCAUGAACUGCCGCACCUUCAUGGAGGAGAUCCUGGAGGUGGUGGGAGUGGAGGAGAUGAGGCACACCUUCGUCCGGCACGUCCCCGAGUGGCGGCGCGACGCACAGGGCUGGAUCCCCUCCAUCGGCAUGCGGGACGUCUUCACCAUCCUGCAGGUGAGGGAGAGAGAGCGCAGCGAGUCGCCAGCCGCCGACUCGGACAACUCGUCCGUUCACGAGCAGCCGCAGCAGAUCGCCAUCCAGGCGUCCGUGCACCCUCCGCUCGACAACGGGGACUGCUGCGGUGUGUACGAGGCGUGGCCGCCGUCGCCGUCUCCCUCUCCCUCGCCGUCCCCGCCGUCGUCCCCUCUGCCUCUGGAGGAGCAACAGGUGGCGCAAGAAGAGGAGAUCGGCAGCCAGGCAGCGGCCGAACAGAUAAUCAGCAAGACCCCGCCCUGCCAGGUGUUUUAUGAAAGCCAUGUUUGAUUGGACAACAAGGGGCGUGCUGACAUCCUGCUAUGCAUCUCACACUGUAUGAAACAAUCACCUGUUUAUUCAUCUCUAUCUCUGAAGUUCCUGAGACAUUUCAUCCAAUCAGAGGCUUUUUAAACACUCUUCACUCUGGAUUUUCAUGCUUGAAUGUACAUGAGAGGAAGUAGUAAUAUUAAUAAUGUAAUAAGCAGAGGAUUGUAUGAGGAGCUGUCUUGUUAUUUAAAGAGGAGAGGAGACGAGGGGAUUUGCUUCAGUUUGUAGUUUCUUACAAUGUUUGGAUUUUUAAUUUUCCUCACCCACUUCCAGGCGUUACCAUGGCGCCCUGCUUCACUAUGGCUGCAUGCUGGACUGAUGAAGCUUAAAGGGCAGUCUGACUGGAACGUGCUUUGAAGGCCAGGUGGACCUGUGAAUAUACAGUGUCCCGAUUAAAGACACACUUCUGGCUGGAGUUUGUUUUCUUUAAGAUAAUUUUAAUUAUAGAGUAUUAUAUUAUUCCUGACUGUGCUGUGGUCUGAUUCCUCCAGUCUGUCUAGUGUAGGCAGUUGGACUUUAAACUCUCCCUCUCAUUCGGUGUUUUUUGUUUAUAAUCUGCCUCCCUGUCUGAUCUUAGCAUUGUCUUUCAUCUGCAGAGGCUUUGCUGUAAACUUGCAUGUUAAAGUGGACAGUUGAGAUGUCCGACAACUUGUUCUGGGACUCCUUGUGUUUUCUUCCUUCGCUUGGGCUGAAGCUCCAGUCUGUGGCCGAGACGAGCUGCACGCUGUUCUGCUUUUACCGGUGCUCUACUGAUGCCUCUCUUUUUUUCUUCUUUUGUAGUGGAAUAAAAUGAGUGCUGUGCUUUAAGAUAAAAUAAAAAGCAAGGCUGUAUGA